AUGCCCACCUCUCGAAUUGUGAGGUAUUUGGGGCUAGUUAUCACAGUUCUUUUGACCCUAAAUCAGUGUCGAGCUAUUAACUCUUCCACUAGCCUGCAACUACGAAAAAGUGUCCAGUUUUCAUACGAAGGCGCCCAAUUGUUCUUAGAUUUAAUCCGAAGAAAUGCGUCUCGUGACGCUACACAAGAGAUUCUUGUGCUCUAUUUGGAUCCCAAGAAUUAUGAGCUUCCUGCUCUCAUGAUAACUCCGGCUGCAAAGAAUUCUUCGUCCGUAAAUUUGGAAGUUCAGAAGAAAAACUUUGAUGCAGUUUUUGAUGCUGGCCUUACCGACUUCCAAAACGAUUUUGUGAACAACUCGAGUGCCGCUGAAGUGCUUCGAGCAAAGGACGCAUUGCAACAAGUGGCGUACAAAUUCGGCGUCGACUCUCUGGCCGCAGCCGAACUAAGGAACUUCUUCGACUCCCUUGAACGGACGUCGGUGGACUUGCCGAUGAUUCGUUCGACCAUCUCCGACAUCCUCAAUUCAGAGUGCACCUUGGAUCAACUUACCGUCUGUCGAGAACUGCGCUUCACCACUGACAACGACCUCGAGGUCGCGUACACGCUAGAUGAAUUUCAGUCAACGCAAGUCGGGCGUCUUCUCGACAUUCUGGAAUCCUCCCAACAAGAAGUCACAAAUUUGAACGCGUUCAACAAGACCCUCGUAGGGAUGAAGGACGACGUCAAAAAGGCCAUCCAACCGAUUCUAGAUGACGCCUGGAGUGACCUCUCCAACUCGCCGAAGACGCGCGAAGAUCUGGUCAGGUCAAUUGAACAGGCCGCCGACACCGCCAAGUCCUACCUAGUCGGCCUCAACGACUUCAUCACUACGUACCUCUCCGCUGACUCCCAGUACAUCUCAAAAGGCAGUGACUUCUUCCUGUACAGCGGAAUCGCCUUUCUCUGUCUGCCCGUGCUGGUGAUUUUGCUCGUCUACCUGGGAUUAUGCUUCGGCGCCUGUGGAAACCGUCCAUACGAGGAGGCCAGCGUUUGCAAUCGCGGCGUCGGCGCCAAUCUCCUGAUGUCCGGAGUUGUCUUUACCUUCCUCCUCUCCACCAUCCUGAUGUUGGUGUGCACCGUCGUCUUCUUGACUGGCGGCCUAGCUCAGACCGAGGUCUGUCGUUACGCCACCGGACGCUAUCCUGAAGGACCAGCUGUUCUUGAUGACGUCCUGGACACGAUCUCCGUCGAAGCCGCGCGCCAAUUCGGUAACUCCUCCAACACCGUCCGCUCCGCCGACUUCCACGCCAUCACCAAGUCUCGGCCCUUCAGUGUCUUGCUCACGAAGUGCGCCAAUGCCAGUCUGGUUGAUGCGAUCGGCGAUGAAGUCGUCGGGAUGAUGGUCUCGGACACUUCGAUCAACACCUUCCUGGAGAACAUCCUAACCACCUUCAACGGCAUCGAUCUUAUCAGCCCCCUGCGCAAGGCCGCUACCGACACCCUCAACGUCCUUGACACCGUGAGCGACCUACGGAACUUCAACCUGUCUCGUGCCAUUGCCAAGGUAAGGCUCUCAGCCAAUGAGACCAACGAUCGGUUGACGAAGAUCGUCGAUUUCGACGCCUACAUGGCCCAACUCCGAAGCCUCAACAUCGAUAACUUGAAAAGUCAAAUCGAUGCGCUACAGACCUCUGUCGGGAUGCUUUCGUUGCGUCUCGAGGUGAUUAAGCAGGUCUACGUGGAGUUGGACUCGAUACGCACCUACUACCUCCAGCUGGUGCGUGCGCUGAACGAAUUCUCCGCUGAUCUGGAACAGACCGUGCCCAGUUCAAUUCGCACACAGAUUCACAACACACGGCCGCUCUUCCUCAAGGAACUCCGUUUUGCUGUUAUCGCGAGCUGGCGCCACAUACCCUGCACCAACCUCCACCUCGCUGCCAAAGCCGGUGUCACA